GACGACAUCAACUCUUCCAAGAAUCUCUGCAUUGAAAGGUGCGAUGUUGCCCUUUUCGCCGUCUAACUCUCAUUGAUGUUGUAUUAGUAUUUUCCACCUCAUCUUUUUUCUUUCUUUCACCCCCCUUUCCUUCGCCGGCUACCCUCACUUGGGCGGCGCCCUUCAGUCGAUCUUGAUCCAUCGUCGCCGCAUCGCAACUGACCGUGGUCUAACCCGCACCACGAUUUGUUGGGUUGCGGUGUUCUUGCAAUGAGCUUGACCUCGCGUGUGUUCAGCCUGUUUACGCCGACAGAUUCCUCGACCUCCGAUUCCCCCGCACCAGCGGCUUUUUCCACCGCCGCUAAUCCCGGCGACAAUGUCUUCAAUACUGUAGACCCGAUAAGAGCAGAGAUUGGCAUCCAUGUACAAAAUAAUCUUGAAGAAGAGGAGCCUCGCCCUCCGUACCUCCAUGCAAUGCUUGCAGGAGCUAUAGGCGGUACGUGCGGCGAUAUGCUCAUGCAUUCACUAGAUACAGUCAAAACCCGACAGCAAGGCGAUCCCCAUUUUCCUCCAAGAUAUACUUCCAUGACCUCAUCGUAUACAACCAUCUACCGGCAAGAGGGAUUUAUGCGCGGACUGUACGGCGGAGUCACGCCGGCGCUUCUUGGCUCUUUUCCGGGCACAUUGAUAUUUUUUGGUGUUUAUGAAUUUACCAAACGGCGGAUGCUAGAUGCGGGGGUUAAUGCCAAUGUAGCAUAUCUGUCUGGUGGUUUCUUUGCGGAUUUGGCCGCUUCCAUCGUCUACGUUCCAUCGGAGGUUUUAAAGACUCGACUACAACUCCAAGGCCGCUAUAACAACCCUUAUUUCAAGUCCGGAUACAAUUACCGCUCGACUGGAGAUGCGUUCCGCACGAUCAUCAGGCAGGAAGGGUUCUCUGCACUCUUCUACGGAUACAAGGCCACCAUCUUCCGCGACCUUCCUUUCUCAGCCUUACAGUUCGCAUUCUAUGAGCAGGAACAACGACUCGCAAAGGAAUGGGUGGGCUCCAGAGACAUCGGUCUUGGUCUGGAGGUCUUGACUGCCGCAACAGCGGGUGGAAUGGCAGGCGUGAUCACUUGUCCUAUGGAUGUGGUGAAGACACGCAUUCAAACUCAGCAAAACCCAGACCGCAAACCAUCCACCUCUACUUCAUCCAGAUCUGCAAUGGACCAAGCAUCUGCCAAGGACGGUCCCCGACAACACGCUCCCUCUCAAACCACACCCAGCCUGAAAACCCACUCACGACCCAUAUCUACAUCAUCUCCGUCCACUUCCGUGGCGCCACCUGGAGCCCCGCGACUUGACACCUCAUCGUUCUUCACGGGCCUGCGGAUGAUCUACCAGACGGAAGGCUUCGCAGGAUGGUUCCGAGGCGUGGGUCCCCGCGGAGUUUGGACCAGCAUCCAGAGCGGAACCAUGCUGGUCAUGUAUCAAUACUUGCUCAAGCAGUUGGAGACAUGGCAGAGUACGGAGGCGACGGGUUCUCUUUAAAUGAGCUGCGAUGUUUCUCCUCCUUGCCCCCGGCUGAAGAACAGAGCGUGGGGCAUCAACGAACCUCAACUACAGACCAAACGCAGGGCAACCACCACCCCGGAGCAUAUGCCCGUGUUUUGGUGGCUAGAUGGCUAGAUCUAUGGGCGUUUGGUAGGAUUGUGAUGUUAAUUUCUCUUUUUUUUUUUUUUUUUUUUUACCCCCCCCUU